GGCUGAACGGCAAGAUAUUUUAGGCGACUUCAAAGCCAAAGGGGUCGCAAUGACAGAAAAAGUCGGCGUCUCGGACUCGGAGGAUAGCGAAAUUAAAGGACGAGAAAGAUGGAGCCGAAAGAUUGAGUUUCUUCUCGCUUGUAUCGGUUUUGCAGUUGGCUAUGGAAAUAUUUGGCGAUUUCCUUAUAUGUGCUUUAAAAAUGGCGGAGGAGCUUUUUUAAUUCCAUAUCUAUUGUGUUUGGUAUUUGCCGGAAUACCGAUGUUUCUGAUGGAGAUGAGUAUUGGCCAAAUGAUGCAGACGAAUGCCGUGAAGGCUUGGAAACGAAUAUGUCCUCUUUUUGGAGGAAUUGGCUACGCCAACAUGUUCAUAGCGUUCAUGGUAUCAAUCUAUUACAACGUGAUUCUUGCCUGGGCUUGCUAUUAUUUCUUCCAUUCCUUCAAAAGUAAUCUUCCCUGGGUUGGAUGUGAUCACGACUGGAAUAAAGAUUGUUCUAUUUAUAACAAGUCUAACCCAAACGCCACUGGCUUCUCGUCGAGUAAAGAGUUUUAUGUUCACAAUGUGCUGGAACUUACUGACAGUAUUGACAAUCCAGGAAAUGUGAACUGGGAAAUGUUUGGAUGUCUUUUACUUGCUUGGGUCCUCGUUUAUUUUUGUAUAUGGAAAGGAAUUAAGACAACAGGAAAGGUUGUCUACGUUACUGCAACAGCGCCGUAUAUAAUAUUAAUAAUAUUAUUCUUCCGUGGAGUGACGUUGGACGGGGCCAAAGAUGGAAUUUUGUACUUUGUAAAACCACAAUUUCACCGUCUUGGUGAUUUUAACGUAUGGGUGGACGCGGCAUCACAAAUUAUGUAUUCUCUAGCGAUUGGUAUCGGUGUGGUGCUUGGUUUUUCCAGUUAUAACGAGAAAAAAAACCCCACAUUGUGCAGGGAUGCGAUUCUAAUAUCAGUUAUCAAUUGUUCGACGAGUAUUUUUGCUGGUUUUGUUGUUUUUUCUGUUGUUGGUAACAUGGCUGCAUCUCAAGGGAAAUCAGUUGCUGAUGUUGCAUCACAAGGUCCCGGACUGGUUUUUAUUGCCUACCCAGAAGCCCUUUCGAAGCUACCGGUUCCACAAUUCUGGUCUGUUAUAUUUUUUUUGAUGUUGAUAACACUCGGCCUGGACAGUCAGUUUGGUGGAGUUGAAGUACUGUGUGGAGUUGUAAUCGAAAAAUACCCGAAGAAACUUCGUCCUCAUAAAGAAUUAGUUGUUCUGGCAGUUUGCUUGACCCUAUUUUUACUUGGAAUAUCCUGUGUUACCCAGGGCGGUAUCUACGUUUUUAAUCUCUUAGAUUCCUUUGCGGCUGGCGUAUGUCUUCUUUUUGUUGUUAUAUUUCAAUUAUCUGUCAUUGGAUGGGUUUUUGGUGGUAAAAAAUGGGGGGAAGAAAUCCGCAACUUGACUGGAACAAAAAUCCAUUCUUGGUGGAUAAUAUGUUGGAAAUAUGUUUCUGUAGCGUUGGUCUUUGUGUUAUUCAUGUUCAGUCUGAUCAAAUACCCUGAAAAAGGUAUUACAUACGAGAAGAAAAGAUAUCCGGUAUGGGCAGAGAUUUUUGGUUGGUUUAUUGCCGGCGUACCAAUGUUCCUCAUUCCUGUCUACGCCAUAUGCAAGAUCAUUCGCACGGAUGGAACUUUAAAAGAGCGAAUCAACAUUUUGCUCCAGCCGGAAUUUGAUCUAGCAACCGUAUGCGACAGUAAUGAUAUCCAUUUAACUGGUUUCGCUGAGAAAAGCACGGUGUGAAAAAUGAUACAUUUUUCUAGUAAUUCUGAUUAGAAAAUGAUUAGAAUAUGAUUAGAAUGUGAUUAGAAUAUCAUUAGAAUGUAAUUAGAAUCCAUUAGAAGAACAGAAGCACCGUAGUUUUAUCGACAAUUGUACUAGUAAUCGGAGUGAUAAUGAUUUAAAAA